AUUGCAGCACCGAGCUUAUUGCCAUCGCUUUCCGUCUCGUGCCACGUUUGCACAAUCUUCGGAUGAAUCUUUCAUUUCACGGCGAUGUCUGCGACGUUCUUCUAGUCACACCGACUGCCAUUUCCGAGGUCACUCUCGUGUUCGAAGCGAAGGACGCCCUGCUUGUUGCGCUGAUACUUUCAAGGCAAGCCUCUCUUGGACGGUUGAAGAAGGUAUCGUUGAGCGUGAAAGAUGACAUCCUCAGGACCUCGCACCGAGGACUCCGUGCAUUGCUCCUGCAGAUAUGCCAAGCUCUCGGAUUGCAAUCAAUGAGCUUGAGUUUGAACGUGGACGAUGAGGAAGUUCUGGAUGUCAUCGAAGCGAAGGUGCCUGUGCCAGCGUCUCUGAAACAACUCAAUUGCCGGGCACGCUUGGAACCAUACUUGGAGCUGCUUAUGGAAUGGCAUACAAAUACACUGGAAGACGUGAGCCUCUCGUCCGACGGCCCGCGAAUGACGUCCCUGCUCGCCGCCAUGCCGCGCCUGCGCAAGCUGACCUGCCCCAUGCUGACGGACAUGCAGUUGCUUCGGCAGUGCCGGUCCUUGACGUACCUGAAGCUCAACCUAACCCCCCCGAGCGGAGGGGGACUGGGAAAGCAGCUGUUCCGGUUUCUGAGGCUCACGAUGAUGAUGAUGGUGAUUGGGAAGGUAAAAGAAUUUGCUCUGCCCCAGAUGAAACUCCGCACUCCAGCCGCCGUAAGUACUCAAUAUUUCUUGCAAAAUGGAGAAUCAGAAAGGGAAUCUCCCUUUUCAUAA